AUAACAGAAAAGCAACUGAACGUUCUCCCUUACAUAAUGGCUCUAUUGCCCCUUAUUAGUACAAUCUCAGUCUUCUUCACCAGACAACAUUCACUCAAGUCUUACUCUAAUAUCUCACACUCUUUUACUCUCGCGCCAAAUCACACUCGUUUUUCAAACCCUUAAAUCAUAAUACAAUAAUCUUCAAAAUGAAGACCUCCAUCAUCAAAGCCCUAAUUGUCGCCCUUGUUGCUGGCGUCGAGGUUACCGAGGCGUGCGCGCCUUACCGCCGUUGCCGCUGCACUAUGGCCGACGGCUCCAUCAACAACACCAUCACAGAGCAAGCGUGCACCAGAGAACUUGAGAACACCCGCGGCGCCAAAGGUUCCAAUAGCAAGGCCUUCCAAAUCAGCACGGGCGACAACGGCACAGAGUGGUGCAAUUGGGGACACAGUGGCAAAACUACAUUCUAUAUCGACAACUGCAAGUUUCGCGAAUCCUGCGCCGCAUGGGGUGCAACCGGCUCAGAUUCUUGGUGCGUGGACAAAAAGAAGUAUAUGAAGUGGGCGCAAAAAAACUAGGGUUAUGGUUACAAGGCUUAUUUAGGCUUAGCUUAGAGUGUAAGAAGUGCAAGAGCUUUAGCUUAUACUUAGUAUAAGCUAAGCAUAU